AUGAUGGGGGGCGAAGCCCCGGACUUGCGGCAGAUUGCACCAGCCCGUCUCGAAGGGCCGGCGGCGAGCCACGCCCGCGACCUCGCCGCGGCGCUGGCCAACUCGCAGCGCGAGUCCGCCACGCUGCGGGGCCGCUGCCUCGAGCUGCAGCACAACGUCUCACUCCUGGGCGGCGACCUGCGCGGCCGCCUGAGCCUGGCCCAGGGCGCGGUGCUGGCGGAGAUGCAGCAGCAGCUCUUGGCGCGGGACGAGGCAAUAGCUGCCAGCCAAGCUCAGCUGCAGGCGUUUGGUUUAGACCUGGAGCGCCUGUCAGGCGCGCUGGCGUCCAAGCUCUCCGCCGAGCGGCGCGAGAGAGAGCGGCUGGGGGCCGAGGCGGCGCAGGCGCGGCUGCUGUGCGCGGCGCGGGGGCGGCAGGCGGCGCUGCUGCAGGAGAGGGUUGAGGCGCUGGAGGCCCAGGUGGAGCAGGCGCAAGGCCAGCAGCGCGCGACCGGGCAAGAGGCCCUCGCCGCGGCCUCCUCGCUGCAGCAACAGCUCGACGCCGCGCGCGACGACGCGGCGGGGGCGCGGCAGCUGCUGUUUGAGGCGCGGGCGGCGCGGGACGAGCGGCAGCAGCAGGUUGAGGGCUUGCUGCAGGAGCUGUCGGACACGCGGCUGCAGGUGGAGUGGAUGGAGGGCAAAGUUUUCGACCUGGAGGGCGGCAACAGCAGUGCCAACCCACAGGGCCCGAGCCCCGAGUUGCGGCAGCUGCAGGAGGCGUCGGAGGCGCAGCGCGCCGCGCUGCAGAGCCAGUUGGAGCGCGUGCAGGCGCAGGCCGCCCAGCUCAAGCAGCAGCAGGCGGACCUUCUGUCGGACAACGCCGCCCUGCAGGAGGCGCUGCAGCAGCAGCAGCAGCAGGCGCUGUCGGCGCGGGAGCACCAGCUGGGGUGUGGGGUUGAGGCCGAUGCAGGGAGCGCGGUCUCGACGCCUUUCAGCGAGGACGACUGCGCCGUCAGGGAGUGCCACGCCCUCAGGGCCGAGCUCGGCAUCGCGCAGGCGGAGGCGGCGCAGCUGCGCCGCCAGCUGGAGGCGGCGGCGGCGGCGAGCGGCGCGCAGAUGCAGGCGGCUCAGCGCGAGAUUUGGCGGCUGCAGGCGGGGGCGGACGGCCCGGCGCCACGCGAGGCGGAAGAAGGCGCCGAGCAGCUUGGAGUGUGCGCAGCGGAGGGCACGGAGACCUGCCAUUUACCAGGCAGCCAUGACACGGGCCCUGAGGGCUUGGCCGACGGCGAUUGCGCGCAUGAGGCAGGCGAGCGGUGGGCCUGCGUCCUGGACAACCCCACAUUCGCCUCCGACCCCAGCGCCAUGCCGCGCGCCGGCGACGGCGGCGCACCGGGAGCGGCCGCCCUGCGCGCCGGCUGCGGCGGCGGGCCGUGCGUGGCGCGCGUGCAGGAGCUGGAGGAGACCGUCGCCGCCCUUCGGCGGCAGCUGCGGCAGCAGGAGCGCGCGGCCGCCGCGCUUCAGAAGCGGCGCGGCGCGCCGUUCGUGCACGACAGCGCCGCCAGCCGCUCGGCGUGGGCGGACGCACUCGGGCUGGGCCACGCUGACGAGGACGCGCAGCUGCUGCCCCAGCUGCAGCUGGUGCACGAGCGGUCCGCACUGCGGCCGAUCCAGGGCGCCGCCGGCGACACCCAACGGCUGCUGCGGGGCGGCAAGGCGGGCGCGGCGGGCGCGGCCCAAGCGGACGCCUCGACGCAAACCGAGCGCGAGGCGGGCACACGGGGCAAGGAAGAAGCGGGUGGCGCCGUGAGAACAGCCGGCGCCGCGGCUGCAGAGGGCCGGGGCGCGGCGCUGCUGGCUGCGGCGCGGCGCGAGAUCAAGCGGCUGCGGGAUGUGAAUGAGCAGCUGCUGGAGACGCAUGCCGAAGGUGGGCACGAAAGACGACGGGCAGAGGGGGUAACUGGGGUGCCAAGCAUGCUGCCGCCGCCGCCGCUGCUGCUGCUGCUGCUGCUGCUGCUGCUGCUGCUGCUGCUGCUGCUGCUGCUGCUGCUGCUGCUGCUGCUGCUGCUGCUGCUGCUGCUGCUGCUGCUGCUGGGAAUUUUGCUGUUCACAGCACCUGACUCCAUGGUGCGCUAUGGCUGCUUCGGCAACCAAGUCACUCCACUGAGUCAUAAAACUGAGCUGGAUCCUGGUGCUGCGCCCUGUUUCCACGCAGACAUGCAGGGCUCUGUCUCUCUGGACGACGCACGCCAGGCAGUCCGCGAGGCCAAGGCCGCCGCCAAGCGCAGCGCUGCCGACGCCGCCGCCCGGGCCGCCGCCGGCUGGCAGGAGCGCGCCGCGGCCCUCACGCGCGAGCGCGACGACGCGCGCGUGGCGGCCGCCGCAGCUGCGGUGCAGCUCGAGGCGCUGCAGCGGCGCGUCUCCGAGACGGGCGCGCGGGCCGAGGCGGCGGAGGGGCGGGAGGCGCAGGCGGCAGCAGAGGUGCGGGAGCUUGAGGGGCGCUGCGAGGCGUUGGUCUCGCAGCAGCGGGCCCUGGCUGCCAGCCACCAGCAGGAAGUCGAACAGGCGUGCCUGGACGUGGAGACGGACGCGGCGGCGGCCAUCAUGGAGCUGCGCAGCAGGCUGGGGGAGCUAGAGGCCGGGCGCGGCGCGCUGCGGCGCGAGCGGGACGCGGCGCUCGCAGCGGCCGCCGCAGCUGAGGCCAGGGCGGCGUCGGCGGGGGAGGAGGCGGGGGCCUCGGGUCGGGCAGCGGGGGCGAGUGGCUGUGCGUCUGUUGGUAUUCAGACGCAGGCGUCCUGGGGCGAGCUGGAGCCAGAGCCGCUGGAUGACCCCCAGCCGCCUGAGGCAGCUGGUGAUGACGAGGCAUGGGCGCCGACCGACUCACCAAACGGGCAGCAGCAGCAGCGGCAGCGGUACGAGGAGGGCCCGACGCCCGCCGUGCCGCACGCGGUGCACGCGGCCGACGCGCCGCCGACGGCAAGCAGCAGCCGCGCGCGCGACCAGUCGCCCCUCAAGCCCGCAGCCUCCGCGCAGUGGGAGGCGCGCGGGGACGCCGCAGACACCGCCGCGGGCAGCCGCGACGCGGGCGUGCGGUGGCGGGUGGGGGAGGGGGUGCAGGCGUUCCCUGGGACCGCCGUUGCACAGAGCAGCGGGGCGGCGGCUGUCUACGAUUGGCUCGCGUCAUCGUGCCACAACCGCGCGCCCUCACAUGUCGCGGACGGCGGCGCCAGGAACGCUCCUGCCACCACAGGCGCAGGGCUCUGGGCGACUGCCGCGGCGGCUGGGGACGGCGCGGGCGCAUCGGCGGCAGCGGCGGCGGACGACUGCGGGCUCGGCAGCAAAGGGCCCAACGCCCCUGGCAGCUGGGGCACCGCGCCACCGCCGCCGCCGCCGCUCCCGUCCGUCUCGCCGCCACCGUCCACCGCUGCGCGCGAGGAGGGCGGCCGCGGCGAGCUGUCUCAAAGCGUGCGGCUGCUCGCGCAGCGGCGGCAGCAGGCAGCCGCGGGCGCCCCUGCCGGCACGGCGCCCAGCGACGCCGCCGGGCGCGUGCGCGACAGCGACGAGUGGCGCUCUGCGCACUCGAGCCUGGCGCUCCUGCGGAGCGGCGGCGGCAGCUACACUAGCAGCCUCGCCGCAUCCGCGGCCGGCAGCGGCGCGCUGCCGCCCGCACAGCCGCACGGCUUCGGCCCCGGCGAGCAUGUGGACCUCGGAGGUGGUGGGGGCGGGCUGGUGCCUUACACCGAGGAUGUGCUGGGCGCGCUGAGCCUGUCCCGGUACCACCGGGAGCGCUCCAUGCUGCAGGAGGCGCGCGCCGCGCAGCACGCGCUCGCCGCGGCGCGGCACGAGGGGCGCGCGGCGCAGCUGCGGGACAGGCGGCUCGCGGGGCUGGCGACGAGUGGGGACGGGGGCGGGGGCGGGGGCGGCGCGGACUCGCGUGCGCUGCCGCCGCAGGGCCCCGCCCAUUCGGGCGGCGCGGCGCCUGAGGCGGCGGCUGCAGCGGCGGCGUUCGGCGGCGGGCUGUGGGAGGCGGCGGAGGCAGGCGGCACGGCCGGCGGCGGCGGCGGCACUCUGCAGUUGCCUGGAUCUGGGUCACUGCCUUGGUCGUCCCUUGGGGGCCAUCACCGAUAUGGCGUUGACUGA